CAAAAUGGUGUGCAGUGUAUUUUUCUCAAUGAGUGCCUGUCUGCUACAGAGAAUUGGUUUGUAGACAAUACAGGUCCCAAAAUUUUCACAAUUUAUUUUGUUUGUUAAAAACACCAGCCGCCCAGAAUAGCCAUCCAAAUGAAGCUUUCACUCACACAAUCUUUCUCUCUCUAAAAUUUCUUUUUUCUUAACAAAACAAUACAAUUACCACAUCCACACCCUCUCCUCCUCCAUUCACACCUCUAAUAGAUUCUCCCAUAAAAACAACAAUCACAGUAACAUCAUCAACAUCAAUGAAAACAACACAAGUAUCAAACAAUUAAAACCCAACCUCUCUUCACUAUUUCAUUCCAAUCACUCACUCUUCUCUCUCUCUUUUUCUCACCUUUUGAGGAGUUAUUAUCAUAUAGUAUUAGGGACCAACCUAAACUGUUCAAUAGAUUGUACUCUUUUCUUCACUUUCUACUUGAGUCAUUCAAACACAGUAACAGAAACAGGAAGCAAUAACAACAACAACAACAACAUGUCCCUUGAAGAGACUCUAAGAUCUCUCUCCCUUGACUACCUGAAUCUCCUCAUCAACGGCCAAGCCUUCAGCGACGUCACUUUCCAAGUUGAAGGUCGUUUGGUUCAUGCUCAUCGCUGCAUCUUAGCAGCAAGGAGUCUUUUCUUCAGGAAAUUCUUUUGUGGGCCCGACCCACCUUCGGGACUAGACCCAAUAGGAGGAGGAUCCUCUCGUCAGCCGACAGUACGACCUGGUGUCAUUCCAGUGAACUCAGUCGGCUACGAGGUUUUCCUCCUCCUGUUGCAGUUUCUGUACAGUGGACAAGUUUCUAUUGUUCCUCAGAAACAUGAGCCUAGACCUAAUUGUGGUGAGAGAGGGUGCUGGCAUACGCAUUGUACCUCAGCCGUUGAUCUUGCCCUUGAUACUCUAGCUGCCGCUAGAUACUUUGGAGUUGAACAGCUUGCAUUGCUCACUCAGAAGCAACUAGUGAGCAUGGUAGAGAAAGCCUCAAUAGACGAUGUGAUGAAAGUACUAAUAGCUUCAAGAAAGCAAGAAAUGCCCCAACUUUGGACAACAUGUUCCCACCUUGUUGCCAAGUCUGGUCUCCCACCUGAAAUCCUAGCCAAGCAUCUCUCCAUUGACGUAGUCGCCAAAAUCGAAGAACUUCGUCUAAAAUCCUCCUUAGCACGGCGCUCCUUAAUGCCACUUCACCACCACCACCAUCACCAUCAUCACCAUGACUUCGGUGACCUCGAAGACCAGAAGAUCCGAAGAAUGAGACGGGCCCUUGACUCCUCCGAUGUGGAACUAGUCAAACUCAUGGUCAUGGGAGAAGGCCUAAACCUUGAUGAAGCAUUGGCAUUACACUAUGCAGUUGAGAAUUGUAGCCGAGAAGUGGUGAAAGCCCUGCUUGAACUCGGGGCUGCGGAUGUUAACUACCCGGCUGGACCUGCCGGGAAAACUUCCCUUCAUGUGGCUGCCGAGAUGGUGUCGCCGGAGAUGGUGGCAGUUUUGCUUGACCACCAUGCAGAUCCCACAGUUAGAACCGUUGACGGUGUCACACCUUUGGAUAUACUUAGAACCCUAACCUCUGAUUUUCUCUUCAAAGGUGCUGUUCCUGGAUUAAACCACAUUGAACCAAACAAGUUAAGAUUGUGUUUGGAACUUGUUCAAUCUGCAGCUCUUGUUCUGUCACGUGAAGAAAACAAUGCUAGUAACAAUAAUAACAACAACAACAAUGCUUCUUCAUCAGCAGCACCGGUUUACCCUCCAAUGAGCGAAGAUCAUAGCAGCAGUAGCAGUGGCAACAACAAUAAUAAUAACAACAGCAUUGGUAACCUGAAUUUGGAUUCAAGAUUGGUGUACCUCAACCUUGGUGCUACUCAAAUGGGUGGUGAUGAUGAUAAUCGACACAACAAUAGUCAUAGAGAAGCCAUGAAUCGUCAAGGUGGUCAUGGAUGUGACCCAUCAAUGUAUCAUCACUCUCAUGACUUCUAAGCCUAGGGAUCUGGAUUUACUGUUGUAGCAAAUUCACACAGUUUGCCGCAGUAGCUAGCUAGCUACCUACCUACCUAGCAAAGAGUGGCACAAAAUUUUCUAUAUGAAUUGAAUUAAUAUAAUUGAAGUUAUUUUGAAUUACUACUGAUGAUGGAAAAAGGUUAAAAAAGAAGACAAGACAAGAGGAUGGUUCAUGGAAAAUGGACAAGAAAGAAGGACAUGGAUCGAUAUGGACAUCAAUACUGUUGGAUGGAUGGUGCAUAAAAUUAAUUUUUUUUUUCUUGUUUGUUACUUCAGAUUAAUAGUAAUUUUAUUAAUUAAGUCAUCUCAUCACACUGUUGUUUUUUGGUUUUUGGCUGUCUUGUCUAUCUUGGUUUAUAAUUUAAUUUAUUUUAGUCUUUAAAAUGUUUUGUCAGCAUUUGAAAUGUGGUUUCAUACGAAAUGAGAAUAAGAGACAAGAAGAAUCUAAAUUUUGGCUGUAAAAUGAAAGGGUGCAUAGAGAAGACUCAGGUCAAUCUUUUCAAACACCAUUUCAGCUGUCAA